AUUAUUAUUAUUUUUGCCUUCUUACUUCUUUUUUUUUUUUCUUUUUGUUUUCUUUUUUUUUGUUGUUGUUUUGUUUUUUGUUUUUUUGCCUUAUCCCGAGGGGUUUCCUUGUCGCUCGGUACCUCGCAACUGCCAAAUCCAGCCUGCACAAACUCCUGGCCACCGACCCCGCCGUCACCACGGGUCCUGGAGCCGGGAUUUUCGGGGCUUCGGGGGCGCGCCGCCUCCCCCCUCCCCCGCGGCGGUGCACGCUGGCCGUGCCCAGCGCUGAGAGACUUUCGGCGGCAGGAGUGCCGCUCUCCUGAAACGCCGCGGGCAGGCGGAACGCGCUUGUGAACUGGACCAGCUGCUUCGGGGAGGGGGGAAACCCGAUGUGGUGAGGAAAAAAAGCAGACCGACACCCCCCUCCAAAAAAAAAAAAAAAAACAAAAAAGCCCAACACCCCAAGAAAAACAAAAAAAGCAAACUUGGACGGGCGGCUCGGGGCGCUGCUUUUGCAGAAACUCUUGUCUGACCGCGGGCGGCCCCGCCGCUCCUGCUCCUGCUGCCGCCGCUGCUGCCUCGAGGGGGAGAGGACCGCGCCGCCGGGGACGAGGCGCCGGUGUGGAAGUACAAGUGGUGCGGGAAGCGGGGGCGCGGCCGCGGGGGGCUGCGCCGUCCCGGUGCCGCUGUGAGAAGUUGCGCGCCCUGCCCCGUGCCGGAGCGGCGCUGAGCCCCGGCGAGCCCCCCGCCGCCGCCGCCGCGAUGGUGCAGCAGACCAACACGGCGGAGAACACGGAGGCGCUGCUGGCCGCCGAGACCUCCGACUCCGGGGCCGGCAUCGAGCUGGGCAUCGCCUCCUCCCCCACGCCGGGUUCCACCGCCUCCACGGGGGGCAAGGCGGAUGACCCGAGCUGGUGCAAGACGCCCAGCGGGCACAUAAAGCGGCCCAUGAAUGCCUUCAUGGUAUGGUCACAGAUCGAGCGGCGAAAGAUCAUGGAGCAGUCCCCCGACAUGCACAACGCCGAGAUCUCCAAGCGCCUGGGCAAGCGCUGGAAGCUGCUCAAGGACAGCGACAAGAUCCCCUUCAUCCGGGAGGCGGAGCGGCUGCGGCUCAAGCACAUGGCGGACUACCCUGACUACAAGUACCGGCCCAGGAAGAAGGUGAAGUCGGGCAACAGCUCCGCCAAGCCCGGCGACAAGGCGGACAAGGGCGGCGGGGGCGGCGCCGGCGGGGGCAGCGCGGGCGGCGGCUCCAAGCCCCACGGCAAGGCGGCGGGGGGCAAGGCCGCCCCGUUCCCCGGGGAGCCGUCGGCCGCGCUGCUGCCGCCCGAGCACCAGGCGCUCUACAAGCCCCGGGGGGCGGCGGGCGCGCCCUCGGGACCCGGCAAACCGCUCGCCGAGAAGAAGCUGAAGCGGGUCUACAUCUUCGGGAGCGGCCAGGCGGCGGCUGCCUCCGCCUCCCCCGGCGGCGCCGUGCCCGGCAGCCCCACGCUGAGCAGCUCGGCUGAGGCCGGCGACCCCUUGAGCCUCUACGAGGAGGGGGGCGGCGGCGCGGGCCGGCCCGACGGGGACUGCGGCGGCGUCGCCUGCCCCUCGCCCUCCGGCUCCGGCUCGCCCUCGGAUCACCGCAGCUACACCAGCUUGCGUGCCUCCUCCCCGGCCCCCUCGACGGCGCAUUCCUCCUCCGCGUCCUCCCACUCCUCCUCCUCUUCCUCCUCCGGCUCCUCUUCGUCGGACGACGAGUUUGAGGACGACCUCUUGGACCUGAACCCCAGCCCCGGCUUUGAGAGCAUGUCCCUGGGCAGUUUCAGCUCCUCGGUGCUGGACCGGGACCUGGAUUUUAACUUCGAGCCUGGCUCGGGCUCGCACUUUGAGUUCCCGGACUAUUGCACGCCGGAGGUAAGUGAGAUGAUCUCGGGGGACUGGCUGGAGUCCAGCAUUUCCAACCUGGUCUUCACUUACUGAGGCGAGAGCCGGGCCCUGUUGGAGGAGGCACCGGCGCGCGUGGCUGUCGGCAGGACUCGCCCACCCCGCCAGGCGCUUUUGUAUCUUUUUCUGUUUUGUUCGGUGUUUGUAUUUUGGGGUUUUUUUGGGGAGGGAGGAAGUGUUUUGUUUGUUUCUGGGAAGGGGCUGUUGAAAGACUGCUUCUUGAGCUUGGGGAAGGAGCGGGAUCGCCCUCUCCUUGCGGAAAGGCCGGCAGUCCCCUUCCUCCGGCUGCAGACGGACUCGCACACACCCCCUCCGAGAGAGGAGCCUGAUGGUGCUUUUUGAGAGACUGGCGGGAGCGAGACGCUGUCCUUUUCCCUUUUUUAUUUCCUGAAAAGAGAGACAGAGAAAGGGGGAGGGAGGGGAAACCACACACACCUCUGGGUUCUUUGUUAUUGCCCAUUUUAUACGAAUAAAGAGGAGGGGGAGUUGCUGAGUGCGUUGUGCUGAGCGCACACUGGAUGUCUUGAACAUUCGCCCUUUCCAAUGAAAGAGCGAUCAGAACUGCUUG